CCCGUCUCCCCCUUCCCGGUGCCGGCCGAGAUGGAACGGCUCGAGAAGACGACGCUGAGCGUGCUGCAGCCGCCCGAGCUGAGGUAGCUGAGGCACCAGUUGAACCAGGCUGGAGUUUAUAGGCAUCAAGAGACUAGCGUGUUCUUACCUUGGACCCUCAACUCUCUGCAGUCUCAUAAUUUCCUGGCCACAAUCCAGAAUGCCACUGAUGCUAAUUUUCAGACAUGGCAAAAAAUGAAGGCUCAUUAACAUCGACUCUGAAGACUCUUCUGGUUUUUACAGCUUUAAUGAUCACCUUACCUAUUGGGUUAUAUUUUUCUUCUAAAUCUUAUGUGUUUGAAGGUACCUUGGGGUUGUCCAACCGAGACAGCUAUUUUUAUGCCGCGAUUGUUGCUGUUGUUGCCGUUCACGUGGUACUUGCGCUCUUCGUCUACGUCGCAUGGAAUGAAGGCUCACGCCAGUGGCGGGAAGGCAAACAAGACUGAAGGGAGCAUCACCUUUUGAUAAUGGGUAGAAUAAAGAAAUAGGUACAGAGUAUAUUUAUGAUUAGGCUAAAAUUCAGGAAACUGCUUAAGGCUCUCUAUCUGAGGAGUCAUGCGCCUCAUAGUACAGUAGUUUGUGAAAUCGGUAUCACUUCACUUAAUCUCAUGCUAUUGCAGAAUUAAAAGUUAGAAAAUCAACUAGCUGGAAUCAGUAGGCAAAGAAUUUCAUCUUUUUACAACCAAAAAUGUUUUUUGCAAUGUUUUGUUGUAUUACUUGCACAAUUGUUCGGGACACAUGCAGGUUUUAUCAAGCAAAUUAAACUGCAUUUUACACUGGAAAUGAGUAAAAACUACUCAGACCAUUAGAUUUUGGGUUUUUUUUUUGUUUUCCUUUCAUGUAGAUAAGUGCUCAGGUUUUAGACACUGGCAUUAAUCUUUCACUGAGAUGUUGCACAUUAAGAUUUAUUCCAUAGUCAGUGUGAAUUUUUCAGUACAUUAUUUUGGGUGAAAACUGGAAUAAAUCACAGCCAUUCAUAUGAAAGCAUCUUUGGUUUUUAGAAGGAAGCAUAUGCUAAAGAAGGGUCUUGUUUCUCUAGUAAAUCAACUGUUGAAAGAGAACUUAGAUUUCUUUUUACUACACUGAAUUAGUCAACAAUAACUUGUCUUAUCUCAAAGUAAUUCCAUAGUUUGCAUAAGCCCCAUCUAACGAGUAAAACAUUCCUGUUAUCCUGAGGCCAGGUGAUUUUAGUCACUUAGGAAGUCCUUGAAAUAGCCUCUGUCACUUGGGUCUUGUCAAUGAGAACAAAGUUCCAUUCAGUAACAAAUGUUGAAAUACAUGCUGAAUCAUAUGUGGCACUUGCUGGGCCUACAAAGAUUGAAAAAUGCAGUUCUUGCUUGGGGGUGGGGAGCACAGAUAAUAGCACUGAGAUUAAUUAAGAUGACUUGGGCUAGCAUCCUUUGCAGUCGUUUGAAGUUACCAGUGUUUGUAACCAUUUCCUAAUUUUAGAGAAAUCCUUGAUCUAAGCAGAGGAGAAUUUCACCCAGCUCUGACUUCCAUGUUUUUCUGGUGGGCAUUUACAUAGGUCACUUUGUUACAUGUCUGGAUCUUUUUACUAGAAAUCAAUUUUCAGUAUCAUAGCUUCCUUGUAGUCAAAGUUCUGAGAUGGAGGGAAGAAGACUUACUGGCUUUGUUCUUGGUGUUUCCGUAUGACAUUUCAAGUAGUUUUGAAUAGGGAAAGUAAACCGAGGAAAUGAGGAGAUAUGGUUAAAGGUAAAAACUAGGUUAAGGGAUUGAAGUUGACAAGACUGAGGAGUAGCACAAUGUAAGGGUGUCUGAAUUUAUUAUUAUUAUUCUUGCCCUUCAGUGCAGGAUCUCCUUUCCAGCAGACUGGUUCCAAAUGGAAAGGGGAAACCUCCCAGAGUUCCUGCAGAGGCUUCUUUUUAGGCCAAGGCUCGAUAGAUAGUCUUCUGGAAGAGUCUUUGAUAUCACUUGCUGCAUCUUAACCAGAAUUCUUUCUUACAGCCUACGUAAGCUAUGGGAUUUCUUUUUACAUCAUUCCUAGGUUUUUCUUGUCCCUUGGAGUGGGGUGUCACUUUUUCCUAUUUCUAAAAUGAGUUUCCAGUGUGAAAUUCCAGUAUUCUUCUUUGCAGUUCACAAGUGUUCACUUAGAUUAGGGUAUGGGAUCCCCUCUAUUCGUCAAGUGCUUAUGUAAGUAGGCAAACAGAAGCAAGUCACUACUGUUAGAAUGAGGUCCUGAAAAUUGAUAAAAAGAACAAACCAAAUCAUCUUAUUUUCCAAGCAACUGUUUUCCCAACGAUGGAGCCUCCUACUGUGUGUCUUUUCUUCUGCACUUUCUAGAUGGUCGGUAGGGCUAUUUUGGAAGGUGCUUCACUGAAAAGUUCUUGUACAAUUUCUGUGCCUCAUGUAAAACAUCUUAAUAAAGACUUGUUUUGAACCCUUUCACUUAUUUCAAGAUUUGCUUUCAUACACAUCAUAAGGAAGAGCUGAUUGCAGAUAACUGUCCAUUAUGGAUCCUGUCUCUGUAUUUGACCCUGAUCACAGUUACUCAGUUAUUCACUCUCCACCUCCCUUCUCUGAAUGUCUCCAUUAUGCAGAAAAUGAAAAAAAAAAUCCACUUUUGCUGCUGGAUACCUUUAUUCUCAUUAGCUGUUUAAUCGAAUACUAUUUUACUUGCAAUAUUAGACUUCAGUAAUUGGGUUUGGUGUUAAAGGAGCUAACCAUGCCCUCCUCCCACACAACCCCCUGGGAGGUGGCUCCUCCAGAGUAGGAAUUGUUUCUCUUGUGUUCCUGUCCCCAGUGCCUGGCACAAUGCCUGGUACAUUGGCUCUUAUUAAAUGAUGGCUGAUUGAAUGGCACAAGAGACGUUAGGUCAGUUGUCUAAAGGCUCUAAUGAGCAAGUGCCAGAGACAGCAGUUGUAUGACUCCAGGUGUUUCACGUGUGACUCUGGGUCUAGCACACUAUCCCAAACCCAGUGCAGAAGAGUCUUUGAAAUGGGAAGUUUUCAUCUUCAAACAAAUCUCGCCGUUGUCUUCUUAGAAGUCUGUGGUAUUUUUCUUCCAACUAGCUUUAUUUUUUUCAGGAAAAGUAUAGUUACUGUCCAGGUGGACCAGUGAAGCAGCAGGUAUCAGGUUGUAUCCAGGGGAGAAAAUCCUCAAACCAAAGGUAAAGGGAACACCAGCUUGGAGCAGUCACUUUCCAAUAUGUCUGGUACUUCUGGCUUGCUCCAGAGUGCUUCCUCUAUGGUCAUUCUUCCCAUUUUACAGAUUGAGGAGUAUGGAACACAACUUGAAUGGCCUUAGGUCAGCAGUAGAGCCUGGGCACCAAGACCAGGGCUCCUUUUCUCUAGAGAGCAUGCCGCCACCCCCCAACUCAGCAGAUACCCCAUUUAGAACAUCUGGUUAUCACUGGCUUUUCACGUGGUGGAAAUGAAUGAUAUGUUUGCUGGAGGGCUGUUAUCAAAUUAAAUAUUUUCCAGGGCUAUAGAAAUCCCCAUUAAUAUAUGUUAAUUUUGAAAGGUAAUUACAAAUAAUUUUUUUAUCUUUUCAUUAAAGCAGCCUGUAAUACCUCUACUUUGCAGCAAGUUCUGGCAACACUUAUUAGUUCUUUUUACUAUUCUUGGUAUUUGAAAGCAAUACUUACAUCUCUGGAAAGAUGUUCUGAUGUUGCCCUCCCCCCAGUUACUCCAAAUUUGCCUCCAUCAGUGAACUAGCUUUGAAAAUUGAUCUUCAUACCCAUGCUGUGUGCUAGAAAAAUUAAGCUGACCCCCCCACCCCCGCUGCCCACCCUAACCAAAUUAAAACCAUUUAAUUGCUCUAGAAUCCGGGGUCCAGAUCAGAUGAGUAUACUGCAGUAAUUGCGGUAAUAAUAUUAGGUGAACUUUUAGGGGAGCAGGAGUGGUUUGUACCAAAUGACUGCUAUUUUUAAAAAUGUUUAAAACAGUAAUAAUGGAAGGAAAGGGGGGGGAUUUUAGUCUUUAAACUGAAUCGCUAUUACCUUUUAAAAUGCAUUUUUUCUAACGACUAUCUGAAUGGAUUCUGUAAUAGUCUAGUCUUCUAAUUUGUGCCAGUUUGAUCCCGUGGUCAUUAAAAGUCUCUACAUGCAA